GGCGAGUGUCAAGAGACAGAGGUGUGCCUGUGAUAAGAGGAGGAGAGAGACACAGGCGGGGACGGAGAGACAGGUGUGUCCUAAAGUCAGGAAGAAGAGACAGCAGUGACAGAAAACACAAAGAAGCCACAACGUGAGUGCAAGAAGUGGAAGCGACAAGUAGUCCACGAUGAGCUGGCUGCAGGAGGACUCCGAAGUCUACAAGAUGCUGCACGGAAAUCAGGAGACCAGAACAUCUCCAAGACAGUCCAGCAGCUUCAAGCUUCUGCAGGAGGCCCUGGAGAACAACCCUGAUGGUAUUUCCACAUCUUUUCCCAGCAGAUUGUCACCCAGUGUUCAGAAACCUGUCAGCAGCAUUCAGAAACCUAUCAGUAAUACUGUGCCAUCUCCACAGCGGGUGUGCGAAAAGUGCAACACAAGCAUCCAUGAUGUAGCAGUGAGGAUCUCAGAGGGCCGCCACCGCCAUCCAGCGUGCUAUGUGUGUGCAGACUGUGGCCUCAACCUACGCAUGAGAGGACACUUCUGGGCAGGUGAAGAGCUGGUGUGCGAGAAACAUGCCCGUGCCAGGCAUCACACGGGAUCUCCUCGCACAUGAACAGACCAUUGCAUUGUAAGGAGUGAAUUGCUCUUCCUCCAUUAUAGACCCCCACUCUGACCUCGCCAUAGAAUCCGCUAUAAUAUGAACCUUACAUUUUGUCCUUCCAGUGUCCACCGUUACAGACAUGUUGAUGCCCCAGUACUGUCUCAUGUCCUUCAGAACUUCCCGGAGCAUACCCAUGUACUUCCGAUGCAGUGACCUCUAGUAUGGGCGUAUGUUCACCAUGAAAGGGCGACUCCAGUAGUUAUACAUAAUGUAAUUCGGAGGUGUAACUGGGGCAGGGGAGCAUCUGCCCUGUGAGCUGAGUGCCAGGGGUGGGCACCAACAAACCUGGGCCAGGAUACUGAGAUACAAGGCUUGGGUGGUAGACUGAAUCUUUGCCCCACUUAGUUACAUCAGCUAUACAAUAGACUGCCUCACCAUGCUGCACGGACUUGUUUUAGGCUCACCCCACUCUAAAAUGAGGGGUCGCUGAAACAUUAGUGUGGCAAUUGGACCCUAACUAAUCAGUGCUUCUUUAAUCGGCCCCCCAUCUAUCAUGCGUCAUUCAUAGUACUGGCUUGUCAUGUCUGUUCUAUCCCCCAACCUCCCUUUCUCUGCUGUUGGCAAUUUUAAAGACUAUUAUAAAACAAACAUGUCUUCCUUUUAAAGGAAAAUACACAAAGUCUUCCAUCCAAUGGGGCUUGUGAGACCCGCUACUUGUAUAUAAUUACCAAAUAUCAAUGUGGUCAUGACUGACGAGGUUUAAGGGUUUUUCCAGAGUUUUGUGGGGGUCCGGCGACUACCAGUAAUCUCACAGAUCAGCUGUUUGAAGAGGCCGGUGAGUGCCCCUGUCCUCUCCCUAGGCCAGUGAUGUCACAUUCAUCCGUCAUGUGACGUCAAGUGAAUGGGCCUGGACUGCAAUACCAAGCACAGCCACUUUACAGUGCACGGCGCUGUGCUUGGUAUGCUGCCCUGAGGCCGCGGCAAUCAAUGUCACGCUGCAGCCUCUUCAAACAGAUGUCGAACCCCCCACGAUCAGAUACUGAGGACAUAUCCUAAUGAGAUGCCGUCAAUAUUGUACUCCUGGAGAACCCCUUUAAUUCUAUGCACAAAUGGCGGUAAAUUAUGUAUCACAUUAUCUAUAUAAGUGCCACAUGUUAUCUUGGCUGAUCUGAUUUAUAUAGCAAUUUUAGUCCUCCUUCCAUACAAGAAGCUGCUCAUACAUAUCCUGGAUACUGACGUCGUAUUAGAUCCUAAUUCUCAGUUACGUGUGACAUUGUAACCCUUACUCUUGGCGUCCAUCUUUUUUCAUUCAUGGUGGCUUUUCGUGUUUAUAUUUGAUAUGCUAUUAAAGUGUUAAUGUAUUGAAGAUCUA